GUUCGCUCACAUGUUAUUUUCGGCUCUUCAUUAUUCAUGGAGCAGUUCCGUGAUUACUCUAAAUUUUCAUCCCUGACAGGCGAUCCGCUAUUCGUUCUACGCGAACAGGAGAAAGUGUUCGCGGUCAGUGGCAAUGUCCGUGGGGGCGUCAUCAGGUCCGACAUCCGCUGCAGUAACGGGAUCAUCCACGUGCUGGUCACGCUGUUACAGUUCCCCUUCUGGACCGUUGCCGAAACCAUUGAGAAAACUAACAACCUCUUACCUUUCCACGACAUGAUAAUGAACGUGGACGACCUCAACUCCUGGUCGAACUCGCACGACACGAAUCUCACUCUGCUGAUUCCCAGUGCCAAGUUUAUAGCAAGUCUCUCAAACUUCCAUCGAAGUUACAUAAGCGCGGAACCAGACAUGGAUAGAAAGGUCGAUUACACACUUGCAUAUUAUUAUAAAACAAUCUUCAAAGCGUACAUGGACGCUAUGUUCGGUGGCAGUCGAGUGUUCUACACCGAGAAUCGCUACAAUACGACCUUCACCUUUGUAAGUUUUGACCCUACCAAUAGCACGGAAAUUACUUCGGUUGAUAUUGGCUACACGAAUUUCAGACGGGCUUUCGACCUGGUGCGUGACGGCAUCGCGUGCAGUAACGGCAUUAUCUACGUCAUCGACGGCUUCCUGAACUUCCCGCUGAAUGACGCUCACUUUGAGUCGACGCAUCAACCGGAUAUUAGUCUUGGAAGCGAUCAGCUGCUGAAGCUUAUACCGAGCGACUCCGGUAUCGAUCUGACGUCAUUGAAGACCAUGUACACGGUGUUCGUUCCCUCAGACUCUUCGCUGGACCCGCAGCAUCUCAGUAGGCCGGAACUGGAGUACAUUAACGCCAACCUCACUAAGGACGCGAAGAUGGCAGUACAGCCAUUUAGCAUGGGUACCGGCGGCGGUGGCGGUUAUGGCGGCUACGGAAGAGGAGGCGGCGGUGGUGGUGGUGGCGGCGGCGGGCUGGGAGCCGGAAGUGGCGGCAGAGAAGGGAGCUACGGUAGAAACGGCCAGGAUGAAGAGGAUUGUUUUUUGUUUGGAGCUGGGGCGGAGGUGGGCGGGGGUGCCGGCGUGGGACGAGGUGGAAGAGGAGGACGCGGGGGCAUGUUCGGCGCUAACGGCGAGGAUGAGAAGAAUGUACACUGA